AUGGGGAACUGCCAGGCGUCGGAGUCGGCAGCGGCGGUGAUCCAGCACCCCGAUGGGAGGCUGGAGACGGCCUACUGGCCCCUCUCCGCCAGCCAGGUCAUGGCAUCAAACCCCGGCCACUACGUCGCCGUCAUCACCACCGUCACCCAUUCUAGCUCCUCCUCCUCCUCCUCCUCCACCAGCUCCUCCGACCGUCGUAGCAGCAGCCGUGGCGGCAGCGGGAACUCGGUGAGGUACCUUAAGCUACUCCGCCCAGAAGACACCCUCCUCGUCGGCCAUUUCUACCGCCUCGUCAGCUUCGAAGGUCAGUGA